AUGCAACUUGCACUGUCCACUCUGCACCUCCUAGCUAUUGGUAAUCGUCGCCCUAACAAUUCUGACUCAUCAUAUGAGCUCUCCUCACUACCUGAUAUGCCUUAUUACUUGGCUGGUCUCGUCUCAAGCGUUUCGAAUGCUACAAACCAACAAGCUGGACUUGUUCGACGAGCCGUACGCGACUCACUUUUCCAGCUCCAGAUUUGUUCAGGUUUAGCUGGCUUUGGAUCAGGUCUUGCUUUUACAGGAAGCAACUCUCCUUCCUUAUCUGGAAGCGUAUCUAAUGCAGGAACCAACUUAGCUGGGAUUGGUGGAUUGACCACUAGUGCUACCUCCGUCUUGGCAGGAGCCAACAGCAGUAGCAGUGCACUUUCUGCCGUAGGUGGCACAGGAGGUGUCGGAGUCAGCUCCUCGAGCUCCUCAGGUAGGAUAUCUGCAUCUACCGUUGUUGGAGCUUCUGGUACCCCUGGGAUGCAAGGUACACGCCGAGCGCCUGUGAGUGGUACAGGAGUAGUGGGCACGACAGCCGCCAUGCUUUCACAUACUCGGCUAAUGCCCAACCCCGUUUCCACGGCAAACACUAUCUCUGGAGGUCCAAGUUCUGGAGCUGCAGGUGGCCCUGUAUCUUCAUUGACACCCUCCGGCUGCUUGAGCAACGGCGGAAGUUCUGUAGCUGUAUCAGCCGUUGGCUCAGACCUCUGUGGAGGAAAUAAUAGUAAUUUUGUUUGUACUAGUGCAACCGGACUAACGCCAACAACACCUGCUGGCGCCACUGCGAAUCUAGCUUCUUCUGGCGCGAUUGGUAAUUCAGUCGUGGUCAUCCCGCCUUCCUGCUCAGGCCCUGUUAUUGGAGGCGUUACCGCCGCCGGACCGAUGAUACAAAAAAAUCCGAUGCACAUUGCUGCUCUUCAGGAGCACAACAUAAAUCCGGAUACCUUGGUUACGCCAGCGAUUGUGAUAAAAAACAAAGAAGAGCGCGAAGCGCGCCAACGUGCUGAGGCUAUUUGCGCUGCUCAGGCAGCUGCUGCUGCUAUGGCAUCGGCUGCAGCGGCUGCCGUAGCAGCAUCCAACACGACUUUUGUAGGGCAAACGGCGUUUUGCCAGUCAACAAUUCGCCGACAGCAGCAAGCCCAACAAAAUCAGUCUUCAAUCGAGACCGGUCACUCUGGUCUUUCUGGGAGACUUCCUGUCUCAAUAGCUCCUGUUAUGCCUAAUGGACUAAUAGGGGUAUCUGGAUCUACCGCACCGAUUGUGGCAUCCAAUCUUUCCUCGUCUUCGAUUUCCGCCGCCUCUCCACUCGCUCGAUCUACCGGCCUUUUACCCAGUCAAACCGAUCUGCGAACGAUCGGACCCGGAGCUGGACUCCACCUGACCUCUGUCGGCGUUCCUGGUGGAGUAUCGACAGCUAAUAGUGGACCGGGACUCCGUUCUACGACUGGUUUACAUUCGCACACACAAGCUCAUACCCAGCUUCAUACAGCUCAACAACAACAACAUAUGCAGAUGCAUACACAAGCCCAGUUAAGUCACUUGGGCUUUUCACCAGCACAUAGCACCAGACCGUUGCAUGCCGCCCAAUCAUCUGGCCACCACAUGCACCAUCCACACCAGCAUCAGAUACAGCAACAGCACCAACAACAGUUGCUUCACCAAAGUCAUACAACGCAUCAACUUCACUCUCAGCAACAGCACCAACAACACCUGCAUCAUCAGCAAAUUCAAGCCAUAUCUGAAUCAGGUGUGAUUGCUACGGCCUCGAGCGGUCUCCUCAAUAUCGCGCCGUGUGUAACCUCUUCUCUCUCUAGACAUUCUUCUGGCUCUAACGUCGCAGGGGUUCUGUUCCUUGGCAUUUUGAGUUGGGAUCCUAGCCUUCUCUGGCAGCAACACUAA